CAGGAAGUCGUCGGUGAGUUCGUUCCCAAAGUGUAAACCAAAAACGAGCAAACGUCGACAACGAUGACGCCUGAGUCCCGAGCGGCGUCGAACGGAGGGCUGACGGCGUGAGUGUGCGGUCACUCCCUGCCUCCAUCCUCUAUGACUGCUCCUGCAGCCUACGCUCGCCUGGAGCAGAAUGAGCCCAUGAACGGUUUGCGCAUCUCCGUCGGGGGCCUCCCCAUGUUGGCGACCAUGGCCAACGCCACAGACCCUCGCUUCCGCCUCAAGUGGCGGCCCAUCGUGGUGAUGGCCGUCUCGCUGGGCUUGGUCCUGCUGCUCCUCAUGCACUUGAGCGCGGGCCUGCCCCCCCGCGCCUACACCUCCGUGGGCUGGAGGGCGGACCGCGACCGUCCGCCGCGGACCGGCGCCCGCUACAACGACACCUACCCUCUCAGUCCGGCCGAGCGCACACCGCAGGGCACGCGCUACCGCAUCGGCGUCAUCGCCGACUUGGACACGAACUCUCGUAGCGAGAAAACGCUGACGUGGUUCAGCUACAUGCGGCGGGGGUACCUCCUGGUGUCGCAGAGCGGCGACAGGGUGUCCGUGGAGUGGGACGCGGAAAGGACGGUGCUGGAGAGUCACCUGGCUGAGAAGGGACGAGGCAUGGAGCUGUCGGAGCUGGUGGUGUUCAACGGGAAGCUUUACAGCGUGGAUGACAGGACGGGCAUAGUUUACCACAUCGACGGCGACAAGGCCGUCCCUUGGGUCAUCUUAACGGAUGGCGACGGCACCGUGGCUAAAGGUUUCAAAGGCGAGUGGUUUGCGGUGAAGGACGAGCACCUUUACGUGGGCGGUCUGGGGAAGGAAUGGACCACCACGUCGGGCGAGUUCGUCAACGACAAUCCGGAGUGGGUGAAAGUGGUGGGAUUCCGCGGGGAAGUGGAGCACCGCAACUGGGUCCCGACGUACAAGUCGCUCAAGUCAGCCGCUGGAAUCCAACCUCCAGGUUACCUCAUUCACGAGUCUGCGACGUGGAGCGACACGCUGCAGCGUUGGUUCUUCCUGCCGCGCCGCGCUAGCACGGAGCGCUACGAGGAAACGGCGGACGAGCGGCGGGCCACCAACCUGGUCCUGAGCUGCUCGUCGGACUUCACCGACGUCACGGUGAGCCGGGUGGGCCCGCUCGACCUCACCCACGGCUUCUCCUCGUUCAAGUUCGUGCCCAACACGGACGACCAGAUCAUCCUGGCGCUCAAGUCUGAGGAAGACGCGGGCAAGAUUGCCACGUACAUCGUGGCCUUCACGCUGGACGGACGCAUCGUCCUACCGGAGACGAAGAUAGGCGACGUCAAGUACGAAGGCUUGGAAUUCAUCUAAGUUUGUGUGUCGUUCGUUCUUUCCAUUUUCAAAUAACAACUAAAAAAUGAAGAAGGGAUUUAUAUGCGGCUAUGUGAAAAAUUAAGAGACAAAAUAAGCUGUUUCGGUGAUUUAGAGUUUUAUUUUAUGUGCUGCUGACAACACAAUUCCCAAAUAUGAGUUUUGUCAUUUUGAGCAUUUAAAUGUAAUUGAUGAAAAAUGGUCAGAAUACCAAAAAAAAGGUCUAGUGUUUUAUUCUGGUUUGGUCUCGUUUCUUUCAGAGCUGUAUAUUGUCACCUUGCUAAAAAUAAUGGGUAAAGUUCAAUCAACAGUUCAAUUUCAAAACUAUAAAAUGGGACCGCAGGGCUCAAUUUGAUUUUAAUUUUUAAUUGGUUGGGAUUAUGUGACCCGAACGUUUGGUAGCAAGCAUGUGGAAAGUUAGCUUGUUAGUUGGCGUGAGUAGUCAAAUGAUCCAUCCAUCCUUUUUUGUGUACCAGUAGAGAGAACCCACGUACCACUCGUGGUACUCCAUCCUACAUAAAGAGUAAAGACUAUUCAGUAGUUCCAUUAUUCAACACAACCAUACAACCCUCACAUAAGGCUCAUCAAAAGUGUUAGCUAGCAUCGCAGUCCUGUGUCCCAUUUUUCAUUUUUGAUAUGAGUCUAGAAUUGAAAUAAAAAAAAACAAAAAAGGCGUUUUUUUUGUUAUAAACUCAGAAGGCUGCUCGGAUGAGAGGCAAAACGUCUUCUUAAACCAGAACAGUCCAGUUGCAAUCGAUUCAAUGUCUUGUGAAGGUUAUAUAGAAAAACUUAAUCAGUCACUUAUUCACUUGUUUGAUUGCCAUUUGAAAAUGGAAAGAAGGAAUACUACACGGAUUCAUCUCGAGGCUGAGGGAUCGCUCCACUGUGCUUCCAUCUUGUUUACAAUCCCGUCCGUCACUGUUCUGUUGUCGCAGCCGCCUGUCUGUGACGCAGUUUUUUAGCCAUCAAUAACAAUGCAGCGGCAGCAGCAUAACAAAUUGUUGUAAUGGUGGAAGACCUCUCCAGCUCCAGAACCGCACUGACGUCCUUUGAAAAUGAAUGUACAAGAAACUGAUUAUUAUACGACUGUUUAGUUCUCCUCCAGCACAUACUGUACAGUCUUGACUCCACCAUUAAACGUCGUCACUCUGGA